GGGCGAUGAGGAUUCAACGGAAAACCUCAUGGACACAAAUCCUGCUCUCCUGGAGCUUGUAUUUAGGUGGUUUUAAAAGUUAUUUCUCUAUAUCCGUGCUGGACCCGUUAUCAGCUCUGCUGGAAGACUGCUUGAAGUUCACUGUGCAGGCAAAGUGGAGCACAGUUUUCCUAAGAGCUACUGUAAGCCGGCGUCAGCUCUCGGCGGAUAAAAUUGAAAGAAUAUAAGUUGCAGGGCAGCGAAGGAGUUGGGGUGGGGGUGAGGGCGAGUUCUCACUUGAGGUGGCGUCUAUUAGCGUCAAUACGGUGGAGUCAGGGGACCUAGCUGUAGCCUGAAAACUUCAAGCCAAACAAACUCUGAGAUUACAAACCCUCACCCUCCUCCUCCUCCCCGCGGAGCAGCCAGGGCCGCAACGGGAGCGCUGUCCUAGGGAUACCAGGGAGAGACAAGGGGCUCGGAAAUAGUGGACUCCGCCUUCCACCCCCUUCCCCUCACCCAGGCCAUGGGCUUUGCCCUGGAGCGCUUCGCCGAAGCCGUAGACCCGGAUUUCGAGUGCAAGCUGUGCGGCCAGGUGCUGGAGGAGCCCCUGUGCACGCCGUGCGGGCACGUCUUCUGCGCCAGCUGCCUGCUGCCCUGGGCGGCGCGGCGGCGCCGGUGCCCGCUGCAGUGCCAGCCCCUGGAGCCCAGCGAGCUGUACCGGGUGCUUCCUCUGCGCAGCCUCAUCCGCAAACUGCGCGUCCAGUGUGACUACCGCGCCCGCGGCUGUGGCCUCUCGGUCCGGCUGCACAAGCUGCAGGCGCACGUCGAGCGUUGCGACUUCGGUCCUGCUCGCUGCUGCCUCCGGGGCUGCAUCUCCCAGCUGGGCGGCCGCGGUGGCGGAGACGUGCCCGCGCGGGGGGGCUGCGGAACGGCGCCCGGGGCCGUCCCGGGCGGGGGCGCGCGCGGGGGGCUGCCGGGCAGCUGCCGCGGGAGCGGCUGUGCACCCGGGCCUCGAGUCCUCUCCUGGAGGCGGCGCGAGAAGGCGCUGCGGGCGCAGCUCUGGGCGCUGCAAGGCGAGGUGCAGCUCACGGCCCGCAGGUACCAGGAGAAGUUCACCCAGUACAUGGCUCACGUCCGAAACUUCGCCAGGGACCUGGGCGGCGGCCACGGCCUGGAUGGAGAAUAUAAGCCAGUCACCAUUGUAUUAGAAAGAGAAAAUGACACUUUGGGAUUCAAUAUUAUAGGAGGUCGACCAAAUCAGGAAGAAACAUCGACAGAAGGAAUUUAUGUCUCAAAAAUUUUGGAAAAUGGACCUGCUGACAAAGCAGAUGGCCUGGAGAUUCAUGACAAAAUCAUUGAGGUCAAUGGGAAGGACCUCUCAAAGGCCACCCAUGAAGAGGCAGUGGAAGCUUUCCGAAAUGCCAAGGAGCCCAUCGUGGUUCAGGUGCUAAGGCGGACGCCUCUCAGUAAACCAAUCUAUGGCACGCCCCAAGAUGUGCAGCUCAUGAAUGCCAGCACUCAGACGGAUAUCACCUUCGAGCACAUCAUGGCCCUGGCCAAACUUCGGCCACCUACCCCUCCAGUGCCAGACAUCUGUCCAUUUCUGCUCUCAGACAGCUGCCAUUCUCUUCACCCGAUGGAGCAUGAAUUUUAUGAGGACAAUGAGUAUCUUCCCAGCUUGCCGGCUGAUGCAGACAGAACAGAGGACUUUGAAUAUGAGGAGGUCGAGCUGUGCCGUGUUAGCAGUCAAGAGAAGCUGGGCCUGACAGUCUGUUACCGAACGGAUGAUGAAGAAGACACCGGCAUUUAUGUCAGCGAGGUAGAUCCAAAUAGCAUUGCUGCCAAAGAUGGGCGAAUUCGAGAAGGGGAUCGUAUUUUGCAGAUAAAUGGGGAAGAUGUCCAGAAUCGAGAAGAAGCAGUGGCAUUGCUCUCUAGCGAUGAAUGCAAAAGAAUCGUGCUGCUUGUAGCAAGGCCAGAGAUUCAGCUGGAUGAAGGCUGGCUGGAAGAUGAAAGGAAUGAAUUCUUAGAGGAGUUAAACUUGGAAAUGUUGGAAGAACAGCAUAAUGAAGCAAUGCAACACACUGCCAAUGAGGUGGAGCAGCCAAAAAAACAAGAAGAAGAAGAAGGCACAACAGACACAGCCACAUCCUCAUCCAACAACCAUGAGAAGGACAGUGGAGUGGGGCGCACAGAUGAAAGCUUGCGGAACGAUGAGAGCUCAGAGCAGGAGAAUGCAGCAGAGGAUCCCAACAGCACAUCUUUGAAGAGCAAAAGAGAGCUGGGGCAGAGCCAAGACACUCUAGGGAGCGUGGAACUUCCGUGCAAUGAGAGCUUCCUAUCCGGUGAAUACAUUGACUCAGACUGCACUGGAAACCAAGAUGAGGAGUGUGAACAAUUCCGGCAGCUCUUGGAGCUCAAAUGCAAGAUUCGAAACCAUGGAGAGUAUGACCUGUAUUACUCGAGCAGCACAAUAGAAUGCAAUCAAGGGGAACAAGAGGGAGUGGAGCAUGAGCUACAGUUGCUUAAUGAAGAGCUAAGAAACAUUGAACUUGAGUGUCAGAAUAUCAUGCAGGCUCACAGGCUCCAGAAAGUGACAGACCAGUAUGGAGAUAUCUGGGCAUUGCAUGAUGGAGGAUUCAGAAACUAUAACACCAGCAUUGAUAUGCAAAGGGGAAAGCUAGAUGACAUCAUUGAACACCCAGAAAAGUCAGACAAGGACAGUUCUAGUGCUUACAACACAGCUGAAAGCUGCAGAAGCACUCCUCUCACUGUGGAUCGUUCCCCUGACAGUUCCCUUCCAAGAAUGAUCAACCUCACCAAUAAGAAAAACCUGAGAAGCACAAUUGCAGCCAAUCAGUCCUCUUCUGGACAGAGCAGUAAAGAAUCGAUCUCCCCCAAAGCCAAAGCCACUGAACAAGGUUGUGGCAUUGAAGGCAAGGAGAAGACUUCAGAAAGCAACAAGGUUUCUGACCAAGAAAAGACAGGCAGCGAACACAUCCCUUACCUCUCUCCUUACCACAGCUCCUCAUAUAGAUACUCAAACAUCCCAGCACAUGCCCGACAUUAUCAAAGCUACAUGCAGUUAAUUCAACAGAAAUCUGCAGUAGAAUAUGCUCAGAGUCAGCUCAGUUUGGUGAGUAUGUGCAAGGAGUCUCAGAAGUGUUCAGAGCCCAAGAUGGAAUGGAAGGUGAAAAUUAGGAGCGAUGGGACUCGGUACAUAACAAAGAGACCAGUGCGAGACAGGAUUCUGAAGGAACGUGCCUUAAAGAUCAAGGAGGAACGGAGUGGCAUGACAACAGAUGAUGACACCAUGAGCGAGAUGAAAAUGGGGCGCUACUGGAGCAAAGAGGAGAGAAAGCAACACCUGGUUCGGGCCAAAGAGCAGCGUCGGCGCCGAGAGUUCAUGAUGCGGAGCCGAUUGGAGUGUCUCAAGGAGAGUCCUCAGAGCGGCAGCGAGGGCAAGAAGGAGAUCAACAUCAUUGAACUGAGUCACAAAAAGAUGAUGAAAAAAAGAAACAAGAAAAUUUUGGACAACUGGAUGACAAUCCAAGAACUGAUGACCCAUGGGGCUAAGUCUCCUGAUGGCACACGAGUUCAUAAUGCCUUUUUGUCAGUCACCACUGUAUGACGGAAUGAAUGGGAUGCAACUGAUUUUAAGAGGGUGCUACCAGUUUGGGUAGAGUAUGAUUGCCUCGUUCAAUGUGGCGUUUUUAUAUAUAUUUUCUGACUCUUUAUAGUUUAAAUUUUUUGUAAGCAAAAAUACCUGGUAAUUUUUCAUUUGUUUUUCAUAUACUGGUACCUUCUUUUUGGCUGAGAUCUUUCUUUAACUUGUGAUAUAUUCAUAUUACUCAUUUAUAUAUAAAAACAAACAAAACAAAAGAAAACAAACAAAAAAAACUUCAACAAAGAUACUGAGGAGCCAAUUAAUUUCCUAUUUUAAUGUAUCUAUUGUAAGUUAAGAUCUGGAUUUAUUUCUCUAGUUUACUUAUUUUCUACUUUGAUAACAACUCAAUGCCAAAACAUUUCUAUACCUGCUUAUUGGCAUAAUGCGUAGUAAUUCAAACCUGUUAAUAAAUCAUCCGCUACAUCUUGUCUUAUACAUAAAACCACCUCUUUUUAACAUCCCAUUGUACAUUUAACACAUAAAUGGCCGUUGUCUUUGUCUCAGUAAAGUGUAGGUGGACAAUCUUCCUGUGAUAUGUAGUGGCAUUGGUCAUGUAGCUAGAUAAUUGUGGUAAUUGUGACAAUAAAAGAGAAAUAAAUUAUUGAUUAUCCUUAAGAAAAGUUAUUGAGGAGUGUUUUAUUUUCAUUGUCCACUGUGGUUAUCAGAUAUAAAUUAGUUAUAUAUGUAUACUAUUUAGAAAACUCCUAAUUGUGGAUUAUAAAAAGUAUAAAUUUUCUAUCAUUUUUUUUCAUAAAAUCGUCUUGAAAUACUUCCCAUAGAUCAUGGUGUCACAUAUUCUUACCAGAAUUAAAUUAGAUAACAUAUAUAGAGCAUCUUACAGAUGCUAACUAAAAUUCAAUAAACAUGGGUUCAUGCUCCCUUGCCUGUCACUCAUUUAAGGAAAAGCCAAGAAAAAUUUAGGGGAAGACAUGGAGAGAGAGGAUCAGUGAAGUAUCUGAGAUUAUUUAUAAUGACACUAUAUGAAUAGUCAGCUCAAGCUGCCUUAACAAAAUACCAUACACUGUGCGACUUAAACAACAGCAAUUUAUUUCUCACAGCUCUUGAGGCUGGGAAGUCCAAGAUCAAGGUGCUGGCCAAUUCAGCUCCCUGGUAAGGGUUCUCUUGUCGUUUUGUAGAUGGCCACCUUCUCACUGUGCCCUACAUGGUAUAGAGAGAAAGCAUUCUGGUGUCUCUUCUUAUAAGAGCACUGAUGUCAUCAUCAGGGACCCACCCUUUGAUUUCAUUUAGAUUACCACCCAUCUCUAACAACUAUCACAAUGGGGGGUUAGAGCUUCAACAUAUGAAUUUGGGAGGGAGGGGGACACAUUCAGUUCAUAGCACUAUGUACAUUUAUUUAUUUGAUCAUUUGGAAAUAAAUUUUUCCAAAAUUAUUUGGAACCAUCUUUCUAAUCAUUUUCAGCAUAGUCAACUAUAAAUGUCUUUUAUGCCCAUUUAUUAAAAAGUGAAAUUGUUAGAUUAUCUGAAAGGUUUUUUUUUCUUUAAUCUAGCUUUUCAUCAUAUAAACAUAUAAACCAUAUUAUGUCAAUCAUAAUGCCUUCAAAGUGAGGUCCACCCUGUACAUGCAAACAUGACUUGGAUCAAAUUUUUAUUAAACCCAAGAGCUUGUUUAACAUAAUGGAGAUAAAACAUCUGAAUAUUUUUGAAGCUACUUUUCUGUUUAAAAACCUGCUGUAGCUCCUUAAUUAGAUCUUGAGUCCGACUCGGACCUCAGCCUUAUAUUCAAGGCCCUCUAUUAACUUGCCCACCUUGCCUAUUGGCCCUUUGAGUUAUUCCUGGCUCCAAAACAGCCUGCCCAUUUCCAAUGAAGUUAUGCUAUUCUCCUGUCUGAGAUUUCUGUGCCAAAUCCCACACCUCCCUUAGAGCAUAAUCAGAUAUAUAUUUUCUCUUUAGAGCCGGUUAUGAUGACACCAGAUUUUCUCAGCAUUUUGGCAUACACUAUGAUUGCACCUGCAGUACUGUUUUACCUUGGAAAUUCUAUUCUUUUGUUAUCACACAUAUAGAACUUACCAUCCUCUUGUGUAUAUUUUUAAGUUCAUAGAGUUGGGCCCUUGUGUCCCCCUCUGUCUUUGUAAACCUCUGGUAGAAUGAUAUUUGAAUAAUAAUGAAUGCUGGUUGAGUUAAAUUAUUUUAUUCAUUUAUCUCUCUCCUCUACAUAUUGGUCCUUUUGUUACUGUUUCUUUUCUCGUCUACCCUUUUAAGUUCUUACCUUUUGAAGGGCUAAUACAUAGAUGGAAAGAAAUGAAUCUUACUCAUAUAUAAUGAAAAGCUGGGCUCAAAAAUUUUAAGAUAGUGAUAGUAAUAGCAACCUAAAGCAAUUGAAAAUUUCAUCACUUCUAACUUCAGCCAUUAUUAAUCAAUAAGAUUACUCUGAGUGCACUGAGAGUUAAUUUUUGAUCAAAUGGUUUUAAGUAAGAAUGCCUGUCUAUCUUAAGAGCUCAUUUUUUCCCUGACCUAAUGCCUGUGGUCAUUGUUUAUCCUCUUGACACAACUAGGUUUAAAUA